AUAAGAGAAGGCAAAUGAAAAAUUGAAAACCAAGAUACAGUGAGUCUGAGUGGGGGAUUCGAACCUCGUGCGAGUGUACCUACAUAAUAGAUCUAUAAAAGCUGAAAAUGAAGUACCUCUACAAUGUAUCGUGCAUUUAGUACUAUAAUCGUAUACCUACAAUGCCACUGAUUCUAAUACUGGCAGGUGUGUGCCUGUUUAUCUACUUCGCGCUAAUUAGACCUUUCCAAUUUUGGACAAGGAGGGGAAUCGUCCAGUUCAGCGUUUGGAGGUUAUGGUUGGAAAAUGCGAAGGUGAUUUUGCAGCUGAAGCCGAUGGCGGACAAUCUUAGGUUGAUGUACGACGGCUUUCCAGGUGCCAGAUUUGCCGGCAUGUACCAGUUCGCGAAACCGAUAUUGGCAAUCAGGGACCCUGAACUGAUCAAACAGAUCACCGUUAAGGACUUCGAUCACUUCAUCGACCAUAGCCAAUUCGUGCCCGAAGAAUGUGAACCUUUAUGGGGCAAAAAUUUGUUUGCUCUCAAAGGUGAGAGAUGGAAGGAGAUGCGAGCUACACUAAGUCCUUCGUUUACCAGCAGUAAAAUGAAAGCCAUGUUUAAUAUAAUGUCGGAAUGUGCUGAGAGAUUCGUAAAUCAUUUUAGAGUUGAAGGUUCCGAGGACACGGUUACGGUGGAAUUCAAGGACAUUUUCACGCGAUUUACUAACGACGUUAUCGCGUCCGCGUCAUUUGGCAUCAAUUGCGAUUCCCUAAAGGAGCGAGAAAACGAAUUCUAUCAAAUGGGUAAGGAGGCGACGAGCUUCAGCGGAUUUUGGAAUAACAUGAAGUUCGUCAUAAUGAUGUUAUCACCAAAGUUGGCGACUUUUUUUGGAGUACAUCUAUUUAGCAAUAAAGUUAGUACCUUCUUUCGAAAUCUGGUGACUGGUAACAUGGCCGCACGCGAAAGGGAUGGAAUCGUGCGACCUGACAUGAUUCACCUGCUCAUGGAGGCGAGAAAGGGACGACUGAAGCAUGAACGGUCGAACGAGAUUAUCGACUCUGGAUACUCCGUAAUUGAAGAAUCCGAAAUUGGAAAGGAAGAGAAUAGGCAAAAGUUACAGUUGAGUGACGAUGAUGUGACCGCUCAGGCAUUGAUUUUCUUCUUUGCCGGAUUCGAGUCGGUUUCCACUUUGAUGUGCUUUACAGCAUACGAGCUUGCAGUUGAUACAUUUUCACAAGAAAAGUUACGGGAGGAAGUCGAUAACGUUUUGAAGGACGGAAACGGGACGCUAACAUAUGAAGGGUUGAUGAAAAUGGAGUACAUGGAUAUGGUGGUAUCGGAAGUCUUACGCAAGUGGCCAACUGCCGUGGGAAGUGAUCGAAUGUGUGUGAAACCGUACACGAUUCACCCUGAAAGAGACGGGGAGAAACCAGUUUAUCUGAACAAGGGGGACCUUGUUAUUAUGGUUAUGUACGGAAUGCAACGGGACGAGAAGUACUUUCCCGAUCCUGAUCGUUUCGAUCCUGAAAGGUUUAGCAAGGAAAAUCGAAGGACCAUCAUACCUUACAGCUACAUGCCGUUCGGUGCUGGACCGCGCAGCUGCAUUGGAAACAGAUUCGCUUUACUUGAAACUAAAUUGCUAUUUUUUACCAUUUUGAGAUAUUUCGAAAUAGUCGUUGUCAAAAAGUCAGUAAUUCCAGUAAAAAUAUCACGAAAACAGAUAAAUCUAAAUGCCGAGGACGGUUUUUGGUUUGGAUUGAAACCUCGAAAUGUUCAUUACUAAAUCUAUCAAUAGAGUAGGUGUAAAUUGAUUUAGAUCAAAUAAAGUAUUUAUUAUAUUGAA